AAAAGGGUUCUAUAAUACAAGUCUGGCUGCGUUAACACGUGCCAGGAAGAUGGGUUUGCAGAUGUGAAUGCUGGCGCUUUUAGAGUUGGCCAAGACAUUAAAUCACAUACACAACUUUGCUUGCGGAGUCAUCGGAUAAAAGAUCAUAGUAAUGGCAAUCUUGAAUCGCUUUACGACUACAUGCUGGAAACGUUUUCAAGCCGACCGGCGAAACAAGCAGCUGUUCUACGUUUUACGCGCAUUACACAAGUCAGCAGCCAGCGAUGCUUUGGAAAUCCCCGCACCGAGAGAGGGGUCCAUGUCCGACAGACUGGUCGCACCGGCCCAUUCCGGUGAGAAAACAAGAAUUAAGACUCUGGAGGAGAUGCCGGGGCCCAGCACCGUUUCCAACUUAAUUGAGUUCUUUUGGAAAGACGGUUUUAGCCGAAUCCACGAAAUACAGUUGGAUCACAGGAAGAAGUAUGGGAAAAUCUUCAAGUCUCAUUUUGGGCCCCAGUUAGUGGUCUCAAUCGCGGAUCGUGACCUGGUGGCCGAGGUGCUGCGGGCUGAGGGCGUGGCCCCCCAGAGAGCUAACAUGGAAUCCUGGAAGGAGUACAGAGACAUGAGGGGCCACUCUACUGGCCUCAUCUCAGCUGAAGGAAAGGACUGGCUUAAGAUGCGUGCCGUGCUCAGGCAACUCAUCAUGCGCCCCCGUGAUGUAGCGGUCUUCUCUGAUGAUGUAAACAAAGUGGUAGAUGACCUGAUAAAGAGAGUGUAUACCCUGCGUGCCCAGCAGCCCGAUGGAGCAACUGUGUUCAAUGUGAAUGACCUCUUCUUCAAAUAUGCCAUGGAAGGUGUGGCAGCUCUUUUGUAUGAGUGUAGACUAGGGUGUUUGGAAAAUAAGAUUCCUCAAGAAACCCAAGACUACAUCACUGCCUUGAACCUCAUGUUCAGUUCCUUCAAGACAACAAUGUAUGCUGGAGCGAUCCCUAAAUGGCUCCGUCCUAUCAUUCCCAAACCAUGGGAAGAGUUCUGUCUCUCCUGGGAUGGCCUCUUCAAAUUCAGCAUCAUUCACAUAGAUAAGAGGUUCACAGAGAUAAAGGCCCAGCUGCAGCGUGGCGAGGAGGUGAAGGGGGGUGUGCUCACACACUUACUCAUUACGAAGGAGAUGAGCUUGGAGGAGAUCUAUGCCAGCGUAACAGAGAUGCUCUUGGCUGGCGUUGACACGACAUCUUUCACUUUGUCUUGGACAUCCUAUCUGUUGGCGCAACACCCUCACAUACAGCAGCAAAUCUAUUCAGAAGUCACACAGACUUUGGGGCCUGGAACAGUUGCCACUGCUGAUGAUGUUGCUCAUUUGCCUCUUAUCAGAGGGCUUGUCAAAGAAACACUCAGACUUUUUCCAGUUCUCCCAGGCAAUGGACGAAUUACCCAGGAUGACUUGGUGGUUGGUGGAUACUUUAUCCCCAAAGGGACUCAGUUGGCUCUGUGUCACUACACCACAUCUCUGGAGGAAGAGAAUUUUGCAGAUGCUUUAGAUUUCAGACCGGAUCGCUGGGUACGGAAAGAUUCCACAGAUCGUGUCGAAAACUUUGGCUCAAUUCCCUUUGGCUACGGCAUCAGGAGCUGCAUUGGCAGGAGAAUUGCAGAGUUGGAGAUGCAUCUAGCUCUUACAAGGCUCAUUCAAAAGUUCCAUAUUGGUGUCUCUCCUCUCACGCCCGAGGUCAAGGCCAAAACCCAUGGGCUUCUUUGCCCUGCUGCCCCCAUCCACCUGCAAUUCACCGACAGGGAAAAAUAAACCCGGGAUCCUCUCCGUACCGUCUACUGGAUGCUCUGGGUGUUAUUUCAGCUGCUGAUGGUGCGUUCCAGUUGUUUCGUAAUUCCUAGCGGACGAGAGUCGGUGACGUCAUUACCAGGUAGUUGCAUUCCAGUUGCACCAGCUCUGAAAAAAUGGAUGCCUCCAAAACAGCCAGUGUGUAUCUGCAAAUGGCGUAUAAAACUAGAAAAUCACAAACCCAUUGUAAAAAUGUGCAACAUGACAACAGCAGCCAGUAUUGGCAAUAAUGAUUGAUAAACCACACAUGCUGAUGCGACGUAAUUAUUGAUAACAACAACUCACUGCUGAGUUCAGAGGACAACUGAAACGCACAAUGAUUUAUUAUAGGGAGCAUUGGGAUACUUUUUAAAUUUAAAGUUUAAGUUUAACAUUUAAGUUUAAAUUCACCUUCCAUUGUUUUAUUUUAGCCCCUAUUUGAGACUGAGGUUUCACUCAGGCAAAAAAAAAAGUGUCUUAGCUGUUUGUUGGGCCACACAAAAACUGUGUAAAUAAUGUAAGCUAUAAACACUGUUUUGAAUGUAUAUUAUUUGAACAUAGAACCACUGCAGCUUUUUAUUUUUAUUUUUUUACUGUUACUCCUUCUAUCCAUCUUAUUAAAAAUAAUGAGUGGAAAGAUGUUAUUAUUUCACUAUCGUUUUAGAUAAAUGUGCAUGCGUGUGUGUGUGUGUGUGUAUAAUAAAGUGUGCACAUGCAAUUCCUUCUGUAACCCCACUUAGUUUAUAAAAGCAAUUUACUGAAAUGUUAAAGGGCAGCUGUGAAUGUACUAAAAAUGAGCUGUGUUUAGCUGAGCAGUGAUGAGCUUUAAUCAGCAAUUAUGUUGUAAACCAAAAUAUUUUUUAAAAGUAGUUUUUUCUUUUGGCUCCACAGCCUUUUAUUGUAUGUCUUUUCUAUUCAGACAGAAGAGGCAUUACAUUAUUUUAUUCCAUGUACUGUAUAUCCACAAAACAUGAAAUACACAGAUUGUGUCUCUUCAACUGAAGAAAGAAACUCUUUCAAUAUCUUUAAUGUAAGCUUAUAUUUUAGUAGGACUAUUUUCACCUUUUUAUAAAAAUAGUCAGAAAUUUAAUCAUGUGUUUUAGAAAUAAUCUAAUGUAUGAUAAAUGAUUAACAACUAAAUGUAUCAAAUUUGUUUAGUUAAGUAAAUGCCUUUUUCGCACAAUAUGUUGGGAUCACUGAAGGUGUUGAGAAUUUUUUAUUUACAUACUGCUUGUGGAAGAUUAUUCUACGAAUAUAUUUGUUGCAUUGUGAGUUUUUUGCAGAGGGCAAAUGCAAGUUACAUGACAGUUGCAAAGGGAAAAGACAACGUUGUUUUGAAGGAUCACAUUGGCUGGCAUUAAGGAAAAUUGAAACACUUUUUUUUGUAUGUGUCUAUUCUUUUGUCUUUAUUUUUUUCCUGUAGUGUCAGUGAAACUGGGAAACAAUAAAAAU